GAGCGGUCGCGGUGACUCCCCGAGUGAAUCACCAAGGGAGCACGUUCGGUAUCCAGGACCAGCAGAGGAAGGAGCCGAGGACCCCAGACAAGGCGUAGCGCAAGGAAGCCACGACCGCAAGUGCGACGCUCGACCAUCUCGGCCAUCUCGACCAUGGCCACCGAAAUGCAGUCGUUCUACACCCCCUCCACCUCGACGCACAUCUCGUCUCACGCUCCGGCUGCGGUGGAUGAACUGAUCAGCAAGUACUCGUCCACCAUGUCGAGCUCCACCUCCGGGAUCAGCCGUCUCCCCAGGAAGGACGCCCGUCGCAACAUCGUGCAGCGGUUUGCCGAUCGCGUCUCCCUGGAGUACUAUCGCUACGAGGUGACGUUCGGGCUGUAUGUCAUGACGCCGGUGGAGAAGCUAGUGGCGAACGUCUUUGUGAUUAUCGCGUUAUCGCUCCUGUGCUGGGCCCUGCUCGUCUAUUUCCCCGCGCUACUCUACCAGAAGCUCAGCCGUCUCGUAUGGCUGUUGACGGGGCACAGCCAUGAGGAGAUGGGGGCGGCCUUGGGUAUACUCGACUCGCACGCCAACUCGAUAUCCACGCCCUCCAGCUGAGCGGCGUCUAGACAAGGAUCGAGCGGUUUGCGCAACCAACUUAUGACCGUAUUGACUUAUAUCUCUUUUGUUGCUUUUUGGUAUAACCCAACCGGGUCGGUUUACGGUAAGCGACAGCUGACGAGCGGAUCAGCACGUACCUGGUGGAGCUAACGGCAGAGCGUCUGCAGAUCCCGUAUCUUCGAUUCAUUUCCUGGCUUCCUGGCGUUCAAU